UGCACUUGAACUGGCAUCUUUAGUUCAAUGACCAGGCUGUCGUCUACUCCGUGGACAAAAAGAACAAGGUAAAAGUGGGCCAGCAAACCUUGGCAGUGGAUCGUCGUCUGAAGAUUAGGAAAUUCUUCCCGACCCAGGAUGCACCAAACUACCUGGAUCACGACUUUCCGACUCCAGGCUACAAUCUUGUCCCGUCGGGGUAUUUGCGGAUGGAGCCGUCAUCGCUUAAGACCAAAGACCACUUGGGCAGAGAGCAAUUCGUUUUACCACAGAAGGACCAGGCCACCAUUGUUCUUCGGAGCCCUCACUCGCCAUGCAACAUUGCCACUCAUAUGAAUGACAUCGUCCGACUGGCGUUGAAGGAUGAAGUGAAGAACGGCAAAUCGCUGCUGGUCUUGCUCGUCGACGGUGGAGCCGAUUUCAAUGUUAACCAUACGGUCAAUGAGUUCUAUUACGGGCGCCUCUUCCGGGAGUGCAACCUAGAUGCAUUGAUUGUGACGUCAUACUGUCCAGGAGAGUCUGCCUUGAACCCGAUUGAACGCGUCUGGUCACCAUGCACCCAGGCCUUAACAUCGGUCUACCUACCAGCAACUCUUGAAGGAGAGAGUCGCCCACCAUGUGCUCAGAGUACGUUGCCACCAGAACAACGGAGAGCAAAAGAGCACCGUGUCUUCAACAACGCCAUGGGGCUAAUCAAGGAGCGGUAUUGGGCGCACAUCACAUACGCUGGCAAGUGCAUUGACACUUUAGUACAGAAGAGUGGUGCUCCAGAAGAACCAUACUCUGUCGAUGAGUACGCGACCGUACACGCAGCCAUCUCGGGCUCUGCAAAAGCGCUCAAACAGGAAACUGCCCUCUACAAAAAAUGUAUGCGUUCUCUAUGCGUCAUCUGGAUCGCAGAAUAG